AUGAGAGCGGACCAAUUAGCGGCUUCUGAGGCCGGUUCUCCAGUUCCUCUGUACGAGCGAACUUCACCACUGCUGGAGGCGGAUCAUGAGGAAAUCGUAGAACCAGAACUACCAUCCAUGCCACAAAUUCCUCCGCGGGAAGCCGGCGAAGCAGGCUUCAUCAGUUCCACUGCACCAGAAGUACCAUCGGAACCAGCGCUGACGCAAGAGGAACUCGAUCACAUCGCCUACAUUCAGAAACUAGCUGAAGAAACAGCACUAACCUUCCAACCGCCACCUCGUCCACCACCUCCAUCAGCAUCUGUUGAAGAGUUGAGACGGGAUUCGAUUGCCGCAAAAGAACUCGACUAUAGGGAAGAACUUCGACAAGAAUCGAGAGAUGAGUCCGAGGCAACUUCAGGAGCGGACCAAUUAGCGGCUUCUGAGGCCGGUUCUCCAGUUCCUCUGUACGAGCGAACUUCACCACUGCUGGAGGCGGAUCAUGAGGAAAUCGUAGAACCAGAACUACCAUCCAUGCCACAAAUUCCUCCGCGGGAAGCCGGCGAAGCAGGCGUCAUCAGUUCCAGUGUACCAGAAGUACCAUCGGAACCAGCGCUGACGCAAGAGGAACUCGAUCACAUCGCCUACAUUCAGAAACUAGCUGAAGAAACAGCACUAACCUUCCAACCGCCACCUCGUCCACCACCUCCAUCAGCAUCUGUUGAAGAGUUGAGACGGGAUUCGAUUGCCGCAAAAGAACUCGACUAUAGGGAAGAACUUCGACAAGAAUCGAGAGAUGAGUCCGAGGCAACUUCAGGAGCGGACCAAUUAGCGGCUUCUGAGGCCGGUUCUCCAGUUCCUCUGUACGAGCGAACUUCACCACUGCUGGAGGCGGAUCAUGAGGAAAUCGUAGAACCAGAACUACCAUCCAUGCCACAAAUUCCUCCGCGGGAAGCCGUUGAAGCAGGCGUCAUCAGUUCCACUGCACCAGAAGUACCAUCGGAACCAGCGCUGACGCAAGAGGAACUCGAUCACAUCGCCUACAUUCAGAAACUAGCUGAAGAAACAGCACUAACCUUCCAACCGCCACCUCGUCCACCACCUCCAUCAGCAUCUGUUGAAGAGUUGAGACGGGAUUCGAUUGCCGCAAAAGAACUCGACUAUAGGGAAGAACUUCGACAAGAAUCGAGAGAUGAGUCCGAGGCAACUUCAGGAGCGGACCAAUUAGCGGCUUCUGAGGCCGGUUCUCCAGUUCCUCUGUACGAGCGAACUUCACCACUGCUGGAGGCGGAUCAUGAGGAAAUCGUAGAACCAGAACUACCAUCCAUGCCACAAAUUCCUCCGCGGGAAGCCGUUGAAGCAGGCGUCAUCAGUUCCACUGCACCAGAAGUACCAUCGGAACCAGCGCUGACGCAAGAGGAACUCGAUCACAUCGCCUACAUUCAGAAACUAGCUGAAGAAACAGCACUAACCUUCCAACCGCCACCUCGUCCACCACCUCCAUCAGCAUCUGUUGAAGAGUUGAGACGGGAUUCGAUUGCCGCAAAAGAACUCGACUAUAGGGAAGAACUUCGACAAGAAUCGAGAGAUGAGUCCGAGGCAACUUCAGGAGCGGACCAAUUAGCGGCUUCUGAGGCCGGUUCUCCAGUUCCUCUGUACGAGCGAACUUCACCACUGCUGGAGGCGGAUCAUGAGGAAAUCGUAGAACCAGAACUACCAUCCAUGCCACAAAUUCCUCCGCGGGAAGCCGUUGAAGCAGGCGUCAUCAGUUCCAGUGUACCAGAAGUACCAUCGGAACCAGCGCUGACGCAAGAGGAACUCGAUCACAUCGCCUACAUUCAGAAACUAGCUGAAGAAACAGCACUAACCUUCCAACCGCCACCUCGUCCACCACCUCCAUCAGCAUCUGUUGAAGAGUUGAGACGGGAUUCGAUUGCCGCAAAAGAACUCGACUAUAGGGAAGAACUUCGACAAGAAUCGAGAGAUGAGUCCGAGGCAACUUCAGGAGCGGACCAAUUAGCGGCUUCUGAGGCCGGUUCUCCAGUUCCUCUGUACGAGCGAACUUCACCACUGCUGGAGGCGGAUCAUGAGGAAAUCGUAGAACCAGAACUACCAUCCAUGCCACAAAUUCCUCCGCGGGAAGCCGGCGAAGCAGGCGUCAUCAGUUCCAGUGUACCAGAAGUACCAUCGGAACCAGCGCUGACGCAAGAGGAACUCGAUCACAUCGCCUACAUUCAGAAACUAGCUGAAGAAACAGCACUAACCUUCCAACCGCCACCUCGUCCACCACCUCCAUCAGCAUCUAAACUAGCUGAAGAAACAGCACUAACCUUCCAACCGCCACCUCGUCCACCACCUCCAUCAGCAUCUGUUGAAGAGUUGAGACGGGAUUCGAUUGCCGCAAAAGAACUCGACUAUAGGGAAGAACUUCGACAAGAAUCGAGAGAUGAGUCCGAGGCAACUUCAGGAGCGGACCAAUUAGCGGCUUCUGAGGCCGGUUCUCCAGUUCCUCUGUACGAGCGAACUUCACCACUGCUGGAGGCGGAUCAUGAGGAAAUCGUAGAACCAGAACUACCAUCCAUGCCACAAAUUCCUCCGCGGGAAGCCGGCGAAGCAGGCGUCAUCAGUUCCACUGCACCAGAAGUACCAUCGGAACCAGCGCUGACGCAAGAGGAACUCGAUCACAUCGCCUACAUUCAGAAACUAGCUGAAGAAACAGCACUAACCUUCCAACCGCCACCUCGUCCACCACCUCCAUCAGCAUCUGUUGAAGAGUUGAGACGGGAUUCGAUUGCCGCAAAAGAACUCGACUAUAGGGAAGAACUUCGACAAGAAUCGAGAGAUGAGUCCGAGGCAACUUCAGGAGCGGACCAAUUAGCGGCUUCUGAGGCCGGUUCUCCAGUUCCUCUGUACGAGCGAACUUCACCACUGCUGGAGGCGGAUCAUGAGGAAAUCGUAGAACCAGAACUACCAUCCAUGCCACAAAUUCCUCCGCGGGAAGCCGGCGAAGCAGGCGUCAUCAGUUCCACUGCACCAGAAGUACCAUCGGAACCAGCGCUGACGCAAGAGGAACUCGAUCACAUCGCCUACAUUCAGAAACUAGCUGAAGAAACAGCACUAACCUUCCAACCGCCACCUCGUCCACCACCUCCAUCAGCAUCUGUUGAAGAGUUGAGACGGGAUUCGAUUGCCGCAAAAGAACUCGACUAUAGGGAAGAACUUCGACAAGAAUCGAGAGAUGAGUCCGAGGCAACUUCAGGAGCGGACCAAUUAGCGGCUUCUGAGGCCGGUUCUCCAGUUCCUCUAUACGAGCGAACUUCACCACUGCUGGAGGCGGAUCAUGAGGAAAUCGUAGAACCAGAACUACCAUCCAUGCCACAAAUUCCUCCGCGGGAAGCCGGCGAAGCAGGCUUCAUCAGUUCCACUGCACCAGAAGUACCAUCGGAACCAGCGCUGACGCAAGAGGAACUCGAUCACAUCGCCUACAUUCAGAAACUAGCUGAAGAAACAGCACUAACCUUCCAACCGCCACCUCGUCCACCACCUCCAUCAGCAUCUGUUGAAGAGUUGAGACGGGAUUCGAUUGCCGCAAAAGAACUCGACUAUAGGGAAGAACUUCGACAAGAAUCGAGAGAUGAGUCCGAGGCAACUUCAGGAGCGGACCAAUUAGCGGCUUCUGAGGCCGGUUCUCCAGUUCCUCUGUACGAGCGAACUUCACCACUGCUGGAGGCGGAUCAUGAGGAAAUCGUAGAACCAGAACUACCAUCCAUGCCACAAAUUCCUCCGCGGGAAGCCGGCGAAGCAGGCUUCAUCAGUUCCACUGCACCAGAAGUACCAUCGGAACCAGCGCUGACGCAAGAGGAACUCGAUCACAUCGCCUACAUUCAGAAACUAGCUGAAGAAACAGCACUAACCUUCCAACCGCCACCUCGUCCACCACCUCCAUCAGCAUCUGUUGAAGAGUUGAGACGGGAUUCGAUUGCCGCAAAAGAACUCGACUAUAGGGAAGAACUUCGACAAGAAUCGAGAGAUGAGUCCGAGGCAACUUCAGGAGCGGACCAAUUAGCGGCUUCUGAGGCCGGUUCUCCAGUUCCUCUGUACGAGCGAACUUCACCACUGCUGGAGGCGGAUCAUGAGGAAAUCGUAGAACCAGAACUACCAUCCAUGCCACAAAUUCCUCCGCGGGAAGCCGGCGAAGCAGGCUUCAUCAGUUCCACUGCACCAGAAGUACCAUCGGAACCAGCGCUGACGCAAGAGGAACUCGAUCACAUCGCCUACAUUCAGAAACUAGCUGAAGAAACAGCACUAACCGUUCCAACCGCCACCUUGUGCAUCCGUUGCACCGGAAGGCGAGAAAGAACGAAAGAAGAGUUUGGUCCACCGUGCUAUGCUGCAGAAUUGGAAAGCAUAGAAUCUAGAGAAUUCUCCGAGGCCAUAUCAGAUGAGGAUCAAGUGGAGGUGUCUGGUGACGGUUCUCCAGUUCUUUUGUAUGAACCAACAUCACCAUCGCUGCAUGCAGGUCAUGAGGAAAUCGUAGAAGGGGAGCUACCGUCCAGAUCCGCCCUAACAAGAGAAUGGGAUGGCACAUCGGAGGUGAUUCCAGGAAUGGACGCAGCUUAUGGAGUGUAUCACGAUUCGUCUCCCAGUCGUGAGAAUACCGAUUAUGCGAGGCAUGAGCCGCACAUCAGAUCACUAACCAUCCCGGAACUUGUUGAUUCAGGCGAUACAUUCCAUGUAGCAGCAGAUGUUUCAUGGUUGGAAACUCUUGUGGCGACCGAAACGGAGUCCGAAGAAUCCAUAAAGCCAAGAGGUCUGGAAACAACGACGGAAAAACCUGCCUCACUAUGUACGAACUUAGAAUCCCUUCGAGAGGGCAUCGAACAAGUUUCUAAAUUUGAUUCACAUCAACUGGAAGACUUUACCUUAUCUCCAGUCCAUGGAAUACCGUCUUUCGCUGCCAGUUCGCUGUCUUCUAUGGUUGGAUAUACUGUUCUCACGCACGAGCGACACAAGGUCCCGGCCGAUAGUUACAAUGAGCUCACUGAUGAAGAUGUCGCCGAAGUGAAGACUUCUCAAGCAGAAGAGGACAGAGAAGAAUACGCAUAUUGGGAUUCUGCUUACAAGGCAGCGGGGCUUGAACAGCGAGGUAGCUAUGAUACAGAACAUCACUGCGUAGAAUUAGGGCGAGAACUGUCUUCAGAACAAUCACCUUUGGCAUGGGCAGUCCGUGAAGGUGAUCGUUGCAGAGAUCCACAACGACCAUAUGAAGAGCUGUCAGCCACACCCCAACCCGCAUUAAUUACAAAAGGUACAGGAGCACUUCACCAAGGCGGCGAAAUGACGCAAGAAGAGCUAGACCACAUAGCGUACAUUCAAAGGCUCGCAGAGGAAACAUCGUUCGCAGCAGAGCCGUCGCCACAACCUACAUUAGCUGCGGAGGGUACUGGAGCAAUGGAUCAAGGCGGCGAGCUAACACAAGAAGAGCUAGACCACAUAGCGUACAUUCAAAGGCUCGCGGAAGAAUCGUCACUCACGUUCCAACCAGCCCCUCAACCAACAGCUGUUGAAGAGUUGAGAAAGGAUUUGUUCUCAGCAGAAGAUACUGAUCUGCCACGCUACGCAGCAGAGUUGGAAAGCGAAGAGUCGAGAGAAGCGUCGGAAGCGACAUCAGGAGCCGAUCAAGACUUGCCAUCUGAUGCUGGUUCUCCAUUGCCGUUGUAUGAACGAACUUCACCACAGUUGGAAGAACAAGAGCAACCUAUCGCGGCAGAACCUUUUGUUGAUGCAGUGCACGAGGAAACCAUACGCCCGGAAAUACCAUCCAGACCAUUGCCGUCAUGGUCAGCCGAAGAAAUUGACAUCGCCGUUUCCAAAGCAGCAGAGGUUCCAUCCGAGCCAAUGCUCACGCAAGAAGAGUUAGACCACAUAGCGUACAUUCAAAGGCUCGCAGAGGAAACAUCGUUCGCAGCAGAGCCGUCGCCACAACCUACAUUAGCUGCGGAGGGUACUGGAGCAAUGGAUCAAGGCGGCGAGCUAACACAAGAAGAGCUAGACCACAUAGCGUACAUUCAAAGGCUCGCGGAAGAAUCGUCACUCACGUUCCAACCAGCCCCUCAACCAACAGCUGUUGAAGAGUUGAGAAAGGAUUUGUUCUCAGCAGAAGAUACUGAUCUGCCACGCUACGCAGCAGAGUUGGAAAGCGAAGAGUCGAGAGAAGCGUCGGAAGCGACAUCAGGAGCCGAUCAAGACUUGCCAUCUGAUGCUGGUUCUCCAUUGCCGUUGUAUGAACGAACUUCACCACAGUUGGAAGAACAAGAGCAACCUAUCGCGGCAGAACCUUUUGUUGAUGCAGUGCACGAGGAAACCAUACGCCCGGAAAUACCAUCCAGACCAUUGCCGUCAUGGUCAGCCGAAGAAAUUGACAUCGCCGUUUCCAAAGCAGCAGAGGUUCCAUCCGAGCCAAUGCUCACGCAAGAAGAGUUAGACCACAUAGCGUACAUUCAAAGGCUCGCAGAGGAAACAUCGUUCGCAGCAGAGCCGUCGCCACAACCUACAUUAGCUGCGGAGGGUACUGGAGCAAUGGAUCAAGGCGGCGAGCUAACACAAGAAGAGCUAGACCACAUAGCGUACAUUCAAAGGCUCGCGGAAGAAUCGUCACUCACGUUCCAACCAGCCCCUCAACCAACAGCUGUUGAAGAGUUGAGAAAGGAUUUGUUCUCAGCAGAAGAUACUGAUCUGCCACGCUACGCAGCAGAGUUGGAAAGCGAAGAGUCGAGAGAAGCGUCGGAAGCGACAUCAGGAGCCGAUCAAGACUUGCCAUCUGAUGCUGGUUCUCCAUUGCCCGUUAUGAACGAAAACAUAAGCACUUUCACAUCAGAUCUUGAGCCGACAUGGCAAUUCUCUGACACAACAUGGCCAAUCAGUGGUGCUAAUGCUCCACCAUUGUUUCCUGAAAUGCCAAGAACAGAGCGGCCUACAAAUAGUGCUUUUGCCGAUCGCCUUCCUCAGGUAACUUCAAGCAAGGGUGACAAAGUUUCAUCGAGUUAUAGCUCUUGUUCUUCACCGGGCUCCUCGAAACAGGCGCACAUGGAAGGUUCAAAAUCAAACAGCUACACGAAGAAUACAGGAUCGGAAAAUAUUCCGCAAGGUUCUGAAGAGGUUCCAGUGGGUCCAGGAGAAACGUCACGUGGCUCUCGUGAAAACUCUCAGGGUUCGUCACAAUCUUCAGGGGGUGAGUCACGUGCGAGUACCCAAUUCGAUAAUAGCUCUCAGUUCGCAGACAGAAGUGCUUAUCUGAAUGGGGAAAAUAGAAGAGCAAGAUUUCGAAGACGGUACACAAGUGUCAGCGGUGUAAAUGACAUCGAAAAAAGGGAUGGUCUAAGUAGGAGUACGUCUAUUAACUAUACUUCAAAUAUACCACGAACUCUUCUACGGCACUCGUCGUUCGUGUCUCCUAGGCGAAAUGUCAAGAGCAAUACUUCUGAAGUCGGAACCGACCCUUCUAGCAGACAAGAACGGGCUAUUUCCCAACGCGGAUCAAACGUCCGUGUCAUCUAUACGGAUCACUCACUACGUGCAUCUCAGUCGUCGCAGCCAGACAGUCCAUCCACGUCCAUUCCUCUAGAGAACACUCCUCUAGGAGAUCAGUCUGAUGAUGGAAGUGUCCAGUAUAUCUCAAAACCAUGGCCGGAGAUAGGAGUUACUGUUGACUCUACUGAAUCAUCGAAUGGCAGGGUUUUGCGACGGUCGCUCAGCGAAGUUGCCCAGGAAGGAAAUGAACCGCUUUCACCCGACACCAUUCGAUUUUCGCUCAGUUCCAACUGUGUGGCAAACAUUUGCUCUCAGCGUCAUGCUUUCCUUAAUGCUUAUGAGCUUUGCGAACAGCACAGUUUUACGGACAGUAAGGAUUUGUUAUGUAAUGUAGAUUUCUUAUGUCGUCUGAAUUUCGCUGCACAUCGAAUUACUGAAGACAUUGCUGAUGAAGCUGGACGUGAUCUGAGACUGCAUUUCCGAGCUCAGGCCAAUCCUCGAGCACGCUAUUUCACCGACAGCUCCCUUACCCGCCAUUCGACGUCUGUCUCAAGUUUCGACGACGACCAAAGCAAUGGUCUUCAAUUAUUAUGUAUUAAAUUUGUGCACUGA